CAGCCGCACCACUCCCCACCCCACCACGCAGCCCUCGACCUCUCUCUCCCCGCGACCCUUCUCCGCCGCCGCCACCCACGCCGGCGAUUCCGGCUGCUGCCGACAACGCCAAGCACACUCCCAUGAUCGCCUCUGUCCACUCCGUCUUCUCUUCCGAGCAGAUUCGUCGCUCGCGUCCUCUACCGGUCACCCGCGACCGUCCCCUAAGCUAGGGUUUCGGCCACCGCGUCGCCGGCGUGGCUCCGGCGGCUCAGGUACAUUUCUCCGUCGAGAUCCCUCGCAACCCACCCUCUCUUACUCACCUCGUAUCCUCUCCCUCCCAGAUCGAGCACGCCACUGUCGCCGUCAUUUCGCUCGCGCUGGAACAGCAAAGGGAAGGCCAUGGACGACGCCGCUCCAGCCCUUCUCCGAUGCCAUCAAGCAGUAGCAGCAACUCGAUGCAGGGACGAGGGAGAGGAGGAGUCCUGCUUCCCCCGCGUGCAUCCUCUCUCUCGGAACGACACCCAACCUCAAGCGAGAGGAAGGUCUUUGAGAACCUAAAGGUUCUUUUUUUGAUUGAUAGAUGCAUGUGUGGGUGGCAGCAGAUCAACCUCCUUCUCAACCCAUGUCAGGCAUCCUCCGUGGAUGAUGACGACAACCAGGGCAUCCACCGCCACGACGACACCCCGCACAUGGUCCAACUCGGCUACAACCUCCUCUACCGCGCGACUGCGGCCGCGGUCGUGUUCGGCAUCGACUACAACCUCCUCUUCGGACCUUUGGUUCAUUAUACUGACUGCAUGCCACCUCUGUCAUCGCCGCCCCGUCUCCCGCACCAUCGGCACCACCCCUCCGCCUUCUCUUUUGAUGCUGUAGUGGAUUCUUAGAAUGAAAAUGUUGUGUACAUCAAAAAUAUUUUAUGGUCUGUGUUUGCAAAACCAUGGUUGUUGAAUCAUGUCUUAUAAUUGUAUUGGAAAUUGCUAGCCUUUUUGGCUAGUAUUUUUUUAGUGGAUUCUUAGAAUGAAAAUGUUGUGUACAUCAAAAAUAUUUUAUGGUCUGUGUUUGCAAAUCCAUGGUUGUUGAAUCAUGUCUUAUAAUUGGAUUGGAAAUUGCUAGCCUUUUUGGCUAGUAUUUUU